AGCCAAGUGUCUAAGAUCCUCAACAUGAGAUUUGUACUAAAAGCAUGGCCCAUACAAUACUGACUUAAGAUGGACAAUGAAGCAAAAGCAGGAAAUUCAAGACCUUGAAAUCCUCAAAGCUGUGGCACAAGCAUGGCACGGUCACUCCAGCAGCCGUAGGACAGCUGUCGAAUUCGACCCUCACUGCCGUAAUUUCAAGAGCAAGCCAUCAAGAUUCAAGCUUGAAGCUAUGAGCAAAGUGUCUACCAGGAAAAUUUAUGGUGCAGGCAGCUGGGAUUUUAAGCAAUCCCUUUGGGAUUCUUAUGAGCUUGUAAAUAUAUCCAAAAAGUUAGAGAUGGAGCAAAUGCUAGACCACCCAAUUUCUGCAUUGGAUGAGCUAAACUGGAAUAUUGGUAAGAAGCAUGAGAGUGAAAAAAGCUUAAGAGACUUGUUCAACAUGUCAUCGAGGAGAUUUAAUGAAGCUGAACUACCAAAAGAUAAGGGUCUAUUUUUGUUCUAAAACACGUUCUCACGACUGUAGCUUUCCUAAUAUGUAGAUUCAUUUCUGUAACUAGACAUGACAUCUAUCUUUCACCACCUCUGGUUUUCACGUCUCAGAUACUUAAUUUUUGGUUGCAAAUCCCAUGUCAACAAUGUUUUAAAGAUAAUGAACGGAAGAGAAAUAGUGGUCAUAUGGAUUUAGUAUAUCAAGGCAUUCGCUUCUCCGCAGAUAAACAGUCAAGCUACUAACAAUGAUUGUACUACUACUCAAGAUGGAAGCAGUCAUACUAAAGAGAGAAGCUAUUCCUAUUUG